GCGUUCCGAUCGGUUCGUCUGAUGUUGUACCAUCGGAUAAAUACAUGUGUUGCAUCAUUUUGCACAUGUAAUCUAAUACAAAACACAUCGUAAUCGUUACGUUAAUAAAUAAAUAAUAUUAUUGUGCAUCAAAUUUAGAUUUAUGUAGAAGAGAUAUAAAAAUAUGAAAAUCAGCGUUGACGGUUUACUUGUAUAUUUCCCUUACGAUUACAUUUAUCCAGAACAAUAUGCAUACAUGCUUGAACUCAAGCGGGGCUUGGAUGCAAAAGGGCACAGUUUAUUGGAAAUGCCCUCAGGCACUGGCAAAACAAUUACUCUGUUGUCAUUAAUUGUAGCAUAUAUGUUGGAAAAUCCGUUGGAUAUUACAAAAUUAAUUUAUUGUUCUCGUACAGUACCGGAAAUAGAAAAAGUUAUAGAAGAAUUGAAGAAGCUUAUAGAUUAUUAUGAAAAAGAAACUGAAAGUAAACCUAAACUUGUUGGCCUUGUGCUUAGUUCGCGAAAAAAUAUGUGUAUUCAUCCUGAGGUGAGCAGAGAACGAGAAGGCAAAAUUGUUGAUGGACGUUGUCAUUCUCUUACAGCGUCGUAUAUUCGUGAGAGACACAAUUAUGAUGAGUCCACGCCAAUCUGUAACUUUUAUGAAGGAUUUGAUAUGGAAGGCAAAGAACAAAUUAUGCCUUCAGGCAUAUAUUCCAUCGAUGAUUUAAAGGAAUAUGGAAAAGACCGUAAUUGGUGUCCUUACUUUCUUGCAAGGUUUACAAUCUUACAUGCCCAAAUUGUGGUAUACAGUUAUCAUUAUUUAUUAGAUCCUAAAAUUGCAGAAACUGUGUCAAAAGAGUUAAAUAAAACAUCUGUUGUAGUUUUUGACGAAGCUCACAAUAUUGAUAAUGUGUGCAUCGAUUCAAUGAGUGUAAAAAUAAACAGAAGACUCUUGGAAAGAGGGUCUGCUAAUAUACAACUUCUUGAAAAGACAGUAGCAGAGAUGAGAGAAGAUGAUGUAAAUAAAUUGAAGGAAGAAUAUGAUAGAUUAGUAGAAGGAUUGAAAGAUGCACAAGUUGCAAGGGAAACUGAUAUUAUUUUAGCUAAUCCCAUUUUGCCGACUGAAAUUCUACAUGAGGUGGUACCUGGUAAUAUAAGAAAUGCAGAACAUUUCGUUAGUUUUUUAAAACGUUUUGUAGAAUACUUAAAAACACGUUUGCGUGUACAGCACGUAAUACAGGAAUCGCCUGCUGCAUUUUUGAGGGAUAUUCAAACAAAAGUUUCGAUAGAACGUAAACCAUUAAGGUUUUGCGCUGAACGAUUGGCCUCUCUUUUACGUACUAUGGAAAUAUCUGAUUUAACCGAUUUUUCACCAAUAAUUUUGGUGACACAUCUUGCAACAUUAGUUUCUACCUAUACAAAAGGAUUUACUAUUAUAGUGGAACCAUUUGAUGACAAAACACCUAAUGUCUUGAAUCCAAUUCUUCAGUUCAGUUGCUUAGAUUCGUCGAUUGCAAUGAAACCUAUUUUUGAUAGAUUUCAAUCGGUAGUAAUCACUUCAGGAACGUUGUCUCCAUUAGAUAUGUACCCAAAAAUUUUGAAUUUUCAUCCAGUCAUAAUGUCAUCCUUUACCAUGACGUUGGCAAGACCAUGUCUUCUGCCUAUGAUCGUAUCAAAAGGUAAUGAUCAAGUUGCGAUAUCGUCAAGAUAUGAAACAAGAGAAGACGUUGCUGUUAUAAGGAACUAUGGCCAACUAUUAGUUGAAUUUGCAGCUACUGUUCCCGAUGGUUUAGUUUGCUUCUUUACCUCGUAUUUCUACAUGGAAUCUGUCGUGGCUGCAUGGUACGACCAAGGUGUUGUAGAUCAACUUCAAAGGCAUAAGUUACUAUUUAUCGAAACUCAGGAUUCUGCAGAAACAAGUUUAGCUCUUAUAAAUUAUAUUAAAGCCUGCGAGAAUGGUAGAGGCGCUGUUCUUCUUUCGGUAGCGCGUGGAAAAGUUUCAGAAGGUGUUGAUUUUGACCAUCAUUUGGGAAGAGCUGUUCUUAUGUUUGGAAUUCCUUACGUAUAUACCCAAUCGCGUAUUUUAAAAGCACGAUUAGAAUAUCUUCGUGAUCAAUUCCAAAUUAGGGAAAAUGAUUUUUUAACGUUUGACGCUAUGAGACACGCUGCACAAUGUGUUGGGCGAGCCAUUAGAGGCAAGACUGAUUAUGGUAUUAUGGUGUUCGCAGAUAAGAGAUUUUCGAGAAUAGAUAAACGAAGCAAAUUACCAAAAUGGAUACAGGAGCAUCUAAUUGAUAGUUUAUGUAACCUGUCAACCGAAGAAGCUGUACAGAUAAGUAAACGUUGGUUGCGACAAAUGGCUCAACCGUUUACACGUGAAAAUCAAUUAGGAUUAUCAUUAUUAACAAGAGAACAACUUGAGAAAGAAGGAUAUAGAAAAAUUGAAGAAAAGUCGCAACAAAAUUGA